GGCGCGGCCAAGGUCGUGCUCGCCGCGUGCAGCCCUGCGGGCGGCUGCCCCGAGGGCGGCGGCGCCGCGGCCGUCGCGCGGCGGCUGUGUGUGCUGCAGGUCCCCUUCGGCGACGCGCACCGCGCGUCGUGCCGCGCCGUCCAGAACGGCGCGCGCGACUGCGGCGGCGGGCUCGCGGUGGCGGCGGCCGCGGGGCCCGGCGAGCCUGCGGGCAUGGCCAAGUGGGCGGCGGAGAUCGCGCGUGCGGUGGCCGACUGCGGGGCGCCGCCGUUUUUCAGCGACGGCGGCUUCGGCGGCGGCGGCGGCGGCGCGCCGGCGCCGGUGCUGGUGGCGCCUGAUCUAGAUGUUGCUGCCCGGCUGGUGGCCGCGGCCGCCGCCUCCCAGGCCGCCACGCUCUCUGCCGUCCCCACGCCCGCCGUGUCCCGCAGCGGCUCGCCGCAGGCCGCGGCGUGGGUCGCGGGGGCGGCGGCGCGGCUGAUGGGGCGGUUCGAGUCGUGCGGGGCGGCGGACGUGGCGAGGGCGCUGAUAGACACGGCCGUAUUGCUGGAUAGCAGCGGCAAACCCACUCAAAAGCGCGGCAGGGGCGGCCUGCUGCAGGUGAAGGACGCGGAGGCAGCCCUGGGGUUGAAGGGCUGCGCCAAACAGGCGCCGCCGAAGAGGGGGGCCGCGACCCCGUUGGGCUGA